CAAUAGGGAGCUUCCAGCUCGUGCACCAGCAAUAAAGAUGGCGUCGCCCGGCAAAUCGAGGAAGACCAAUGUUAUACUCUUUAUAUUUGCUAUUUCUUUCUUUCUAAUACAAUGUGAAGACACCAAACCUAAAAAGAAAAAAGACAUUCGUGAUUACAAUGAUGCUGAUAUGGCAAGACUUCUGGAACAAUGGGAGGAAGAUGAUGACAUUGAAGAGGGUGACCUCCCUGAACACAAAAGAUCGCCUCCCCCCAUAGACUUCUCCAAAGUGGACCCAUCCAAGCCAGAAGAGCUUCUGAAGAUGUCCAAAAAGGGGAAGACGCUGAUGGUGUUUGCCUCUGUGUCAGGAGAUCCCACAGAGAAGGAGACAGAGGAAAUCAGCAGCUUGUGGCAGUCGAGUCUCUUCAAUGCCAACUAUGACAUCCAGAGGUUUGUGGUGGGCUCCAACCGGGCCAUCUUCAUGCUGCGUGACGGCAGCUUUGCUUGGGAGAUCAAAGACUUCCUGGUGGCCCAGGACCGCUGUGAAGAUGUGACCGUGGAAGGCCAGGUGUUCCCUGGGAAAGCUGCCAAGCCAGAUGCCAAGGGGAAAGAUCAGAAAGAUGCCAAGAAAAAGACCGAUCAAAAAGCAGCCAAGAAAGGUGUGAAAAGCAAGCAGGAGCUGUAAUGUGGCUGUUGCAUAGUUUAGGAAGACCUGAAGGUGAGGUGUGACACGGCGAUUUCACAUGAAAACUGCUCAAGGGACACAUGAGACUGAAAGCCACAAAAUCACUUGUUGGUCAGCCGAACUAUUGAACGUUAAUUUGUUACUUGUUCAAUGAAAUGUUUGGACUUUUUUGUUAUAUAAUCCAUUGUUGCGUUUACUGUUAAAGAUGAGCUGAAAUCGGUACUGUUAUAUGUUGCACAAGUGACAAUUUGAGACAUAUUUGUUGAUUUCAUUUGACUUUUUCAAUUUAUGACUACCUGUGCUGAUAUCAAGAUUGGAAUAAUCACCUGUAAUCACUCUAAAUAGGGUCAUCGUUAAUAAGUUGCUUUACAAUUGCAUAAGAAUUGCAUUACUGUUUUCAGUGUGCAGUUCUAUCACUCAGUGCACUUAUUUUCUUGAGGGUUCUGAGUUCCUAAAGUGUUCUUUGUUUUAUGUGUGCUGUGAAUGUUUUUUGCGGACACUCAAAUAGCCAAAGCAAAAGCAAGCAUGUAAUACAAGGUUUAAAAUGUGUGGACUUAACCAGAAUUCAGGAUUUCUGUUAGCAAAUCCUUCCAUCUAAUAAUCAAUUAAAUAAACUGAUAUUACGGUUUUUUUCCCCACGAAGGUUGGUAAGUGAUUUUUGUUUUUCAAUUAUGUUUUUUUUCUUUGAAAUUGGUGAUUUGAUAGGAAAUGUUUGUUAUUUUUCUAAUGUGCCAUUAAAACAUCCUGUUUUUUAA